UGAGCCAUAGAAAUAUAAUGUGUCUAGUUGUCGGAUUAACUUACAAGUUGUUCAUUUUUAUUACCAAACGUAGAAAGAUGAAAAGAGUCGCAUUUUUCGUUUUAGCACUCAUUGUUAUCGUAGUUGCAAAUGAUGAUAAAGAAGAGAUAGCAAGGAAAUUCGACACUGAUGCAAUAACAGUACAAGGAUGUCUGGACGAUAUUGGAACAAAAAUGGAGGAAUUAGAUACUUCGUUGCAGAAGUGGAGUGAAGUAAAGGACGAUGAUGUCAAUGAAGAGACUAAACAAUCUCUUAUGAAAUACGUUAGUUUCCUGACUUGUAUGUUGGAGAAGAAUAAAAUGAUGAUCGACGCAAAAUUCGUUGUAGACAAAGUAGUUGAAAGUGUUCUAAAAGAUAAGGAUCUGGAAACAAUUCCACCAAAGGAAGUUUUAACGGAAUGCAUCACUGCGCUGAAUGAUGAUAGCGAGAUGACUCGAGAGGACAGGGUCUUUGGUUUAAUGCUUUGCAUAAUGGGCGGUGUGAACGAUGGGGACAGAAGAUAAAAGAAGAGGAUUUGUGAUUACAAUAUAUGAAUGCGUUUCAAUUUUUUUCUAGUUUAAUUCGACACAAUACAUAAUAAAAUUUUAAGAGUAUUAUGAAUGUUAAGUGAAACGCACUUUACGUCGUUGGAAUUGUAAUAUUUUUAUAUAUAUUAUAAGUGUAGUAGCGUACAAUCAGUAAAAAUUACUAACAUCGGGGUUUAAGCAAAAUAAAACAAGUAAUAUUUUUGUAUAUAAGUGUAAUAGCGUAUAUAAUGAGUGAAAAUUUCUAGCAUCGGGGUUUAAGCAAAAUAAAACAAGUACUGUAAAUGUACAGUAAAUGUUAUUGCUAAUGUUAAAUAAAACAACAAUAGUUUCAA